GAUUUUGCCUAUCACAUCAUUUGUCUUUGUGCGCCGACUAGAACUGCUGCUAAAAUAUUUCGUUUCAAGUAUGUAGAGUAGUUAGUUCAGCAUUAUAAUUAUGCAUUUAGGGUUUUUACUCCUUAUUGCUCUUGUACGUGGAGUGCACACAUUUUAUUUGGAGGAUGGCUACGAUCACCAUUAUACUUAUUCGUCAAGGUCGGACAUUCUUGGAAUGCAUAACAUUACAACAAUAAUUAAGGUUCGUGUUCGAGCGGUCAACACUUCCGAAGAAGGUUCACUAUACCAGCUAUUCAUAGAUAGUUUUGUACAGCAUUCUGAAAAGGGAUAUGUUGCCGAUAAUCCUUUGAAAUGGGACCUUUCACGCACGUUUCUAUUUACGUCCUUGCAUGCUGGAUUGGUGACGUUUGUUCAUUUUCAUCCUGAUGAAAUCGAAGAACUCGUAACUUUGAAGAAAGUUUUAGCAAGUACAUUGUCUGCAAGAGUGGCGAUAGGGAAUGGAAAUACGUGGUCUUUGAGUUCUUUGGAAGAGGAUCAUGCAGGCACAUUUCACCGUGAGUAUCGCGGAGAGAGGCACAGUGAUGGUAUCAGACUCAUCAGAAGCCAUACUAGUCUGACAGAUGUUCACAGACAUCACAAUAAAACGCUGCAUUACGACUUGAAAGGAACGCCUUUACAUAUCGAAAGUUUGGACAAUGUAACGCUUAGGCACACACCAUCAACCAUAAAAACAAAUAUUGAUGCUACAAUCAAUGACAUUAAAGACAGUCAGGACGGAGAAUUUCCGACGAUAUCUUCUGUCUCACGAAAUAAGAUGAAACUCACAUUGAAAAGAAAGCACUCUGAGAACGGACAUGGACGUUUACCAAGCUUUGAAACUGACACUAUCAGCGUAAAGAAGAAACCAGUCACAAAAAAACUGAAGCUAAACCAAGUGGAAGGGCAGAUACAGUCUCUUAUAUCAGCAGUUCAUAACAUAAGUGAUAAGUUUGACACAAAGAGAACAGAGAAGGUACAUGAAUUGCGAAACUUAGUAGAAUCUUUGAGAUCGGAAGAUUUCCUCGAGCUUGGCAAGAACGUAUUCACUCAUACUUGUGAUACGGAAGACAUUCUCUGCGUCGAGGAACGUUAUUUGUUGCUUGACAUCAUUGCACAAGAAGGCAGUAAAGGCGCACAGAAAAUUGUUCUAGACCUUAUAAUGAAGAGGCCGAACGUAACAGAAGAGGAAAUGAGGCGCUGUCUCUUUCACACUAUACCAAUUACUGAUCCAAUACCGGAACUUGUUGCGUUCGUUGAAGAUCUUUGCAUUUCUGAUGACAGUCGUCCAGGAGAAACGCCAACACUAUCAGCUACAAGGAAAAGAGCAUGUCUUUCGCUCGGAGCCAUAGCAAAAUCUCUGCAUAACAAAAAUGUUACAGAAUCUGACAGAAUAGUCGGCAGGAUCGAAACAUGGUUGAAUAUACACAAUGAAAAAAAGGCAAGCAAAAUUAUCAAACCAAGAAUGAAAAGAUAUGUAGUCGAAACUGACGAACCAGCACAUUAUCACAUUGAAACAAAAACAGUGCUAAUACAGAGUCUCGGUAAUGCCGGUAAACAGCGAUCAUUGCGUCACAUCAUGUCAUAUAUGGAACCAAACGUUGGAGUAACGGCGUGGAGGAGAGCGGCUAUUAACAGCCUUAGACAUUUUAAAUGCCAAAAGAGUGCAGAUUUACUGGUCACUAGUGCUACUUAUGAUAAUGACUUUAUGGUACGGAAAACAGCAAGGCAAGUGCUAGAGAAGCAUCCACAAGGGACAAAAUUCACGGCUGAGCAAGAACAAACAGUAUUGAGUAAAAGCUACACUUAUCCAGUGGUUGUACGAGUGAAACGAGGGGCUCUUCAGACAUUACAGGAACUUGAACAGGGGAUUUAUUUCCAUGUAGAACCCCCAGGUAUAGACUGGGAUAAAACAAUAGGUACUAAGGAUAUUGGAGCAAGUUUCGGUCUUCAUAUCAGAAACGUUCUCGAUCUUCGACUUGGUAUUUUGGAGGGUCAUUUUGCAUUAGAUCUUCAUGAUGAAGCAUAUGCUACAGCACAUGUUGGACUGUUGAACCUGCAUGUUAAUAUUGUCAGGGCUCGUGUCUGCUUCAAAGGGCAUGUUCGAUAUAAUCUUAAUGUUCUGAAAGAGUUUGGUAUAGACAGCGUACAGGAUGUUGUAAAAAUUUACGAUCGAGUGAUUGAAAACAUAGUCGAACCCAUAAAAACUGCUGUUCAGCGUUUUAUACAUUUAAUAACACUGUUCAAAGAUGGAACGAUGAUGGAACUUGUUGGAAAAUUUAUUAACGUUAUCAAAGACCUUCCGAAUAUACUAGGCGAUAUCACCAAACGAAUUGAAGAGUUUGUCAAAGACGUAUAUAACAUUGCUAUCAAUACUGUUAUGGAAGAGGUGAAGCUCAUAAUAAAUGAAGUACGACACUUCUUUGAUGACAUAAAAACAUCUUUACUACAUUUCUAUAACGAGAUCGUAGAUGCAGUAACCAUGGGAUUCCCUUUUAUAGCAAAUAAGAUCAAACAAUCGUUCGAACUUAUAGUGGAGGCGAUGAAGCAAUUGUUUAAUAACCCAAUGCAAGCAAUAACCACUGUUGCCAGAGCGAUUACAAAUGUUAAAAUGGCUGUGACAAUGUUUGUUGAUGUGAAGACACGAGUUGUGGAAGCAUGUAUGUUUCUCAAAGGUCGAGUCAUGUACUGGGUUGAUACAGCAAAGAAGUUACCUGAUUUUUUCCGACGUUUAAAGGAUUCCUUUACUAAAUUACUUGAUUCCGUAAGAAAUCGAAGAGAUCUUGUUGAUGAUAUGGACUCAGCAUUUAGUAAUGGAGUUGACAAAAUGAAAUCUUCAGCCAAGGACCUUAUAAACGAUUUGAAAGCCAAAUGGGAUGCAAUAUACAAACGAUUACAGCCAUUGUUAGAUAUCGUGCAGCCAUUCUAUGACGUAUUUAAGUCAAUAAUGGACUUGAUUAAAGGAGUUAAAACGGCGUAUACUGAAGUGAAAACAGUAAUUGUAGACGGCAAAGCAAGAAUUCAACGUGUGUUUGGACCAAAGUUUGAUAAGAAAUUCCCGGUGGACAGAAGAUACAACGACACAAAAAACAACUGCAGUGCAGGAGUUUACCCAACAACUACGGAUAACUUUUAUGACACAACUGGUGUAGACAUCAUACAUGGAGUUGGCCAAUCAAUUGUCAACCCUGUAAAUGGCAUUGUCAAGGAUUUUGGACCGCAGAAAGUACUCAUACAACCAGUUGAUCCCGAAUUUCAACAGUUUGAAAUAAUCAUCGAAAAUAUUAAUCCAUUUGUGUACGUGUUUGACCAAUAUAUCAAAUCGGGAAAGAAGAUCGGGAGAGCAUCAAAAGCUCCGAAGUGUAAACCUAACUUUAUCCAUGUAUCUGUUCGUAAGAAAAGAAAUGAUACAGAUGUAGUUGACGACGCAGACUAUGAGUAUGUGGAUCCAUCACCAUUCCUGGAUAGACUCAUUCCCUAUCCAAAAUGGUUUAAAGAAUGCAAUGACCAUGAAUUUCGGUAUUUGGAACAAACAUUCGACUCGGGAGAGUCUACACAAAAGCUGGAUCCAGACGAGGUUAAAGAAGCCGUUAAACGUUAUUUGAAAGACGGGCUUUCAAACGGCACUGAUGGCAUUUUUGAUCCCAUAGGUCCUUUUGAACCGGGUGAAGAUUUAGAAGACAAAACUUCAUUUAAAGACAGUUUAAAGGAAAGUUUGAAGGAGCAAACAAAAAAAUUUACAGCAUUUUUUAAAACGGCUUUAUUUGGAAAAGACGGACCUGUUGUACCAAAUAUCAUGGCCAUUAUUAAUUUGAAUUCGAAGCCCGUUGACUGGUUAGUGGAUCAUUUAGACAACCAAUCGAGGGUGUAUACUGAAUUCAACGAUGUGAUCACACUUUUAGGCGCUAAAAUGAAAGAAGCGCCCGAUGGAGACCCCGAAACAAUGUCAUUACACCAUAUUUCUGGAACUCUAGGAAACCACGGAAUAUCUGUAGGAAGUAGCAGUGUCAGUCAGACCAAGGACAAACUUUUGACAAUAGCUGAGCAACUUUGUCCUAUUUUUAAAGGCGCGAUAGCAAUAGGUUUUGGUCAUGUGUGUAAUGUAGAAGAUAACUGUUUGGGAAUAUCGUGCAGCGUUGCACUACGAUCUGGUUCAAAGAAGCGACAUAUAAAACUCGGGGUGUGGGUUAAACCGUCGGAGAAAAGAAUAGACUUAAUGGUGAACAAUCAAAACUUGACGAUUAAACCAGACGGGUUAGAAGCUGAAGUGGAUCUGAAAAUUAAACUUUUUGGCAUGAAACUUUAUCUGGGUACACACAGUGAAAUAAAACACGGCUCUUUCCAUUUGACUGUUGAGGCGAAACUGUGCAUACCUGCAUUUUCCACGUGCCUACCACCGAUAGAAAUAUUUAAUGGAAUACGGUUCAAGUUACCAAACACUGGCAAUAUGACAGCGGAAUUGACAGAUAGCUCAAAUGAAACAAACGUCAUAUCUGUCAUUCACCAACUAAAAUUACCGAAGCUUAUCCAGUAUCUAGGAGAGUACGGCCUUUUGAAUAAAAAUGUGACAGGCAUCAUUAACCACGUAAGAGGAUCAGUCGUGAAGGAGCUCCUCAAAGAUACUGUAGAAGGAAUAGGUGAAGUCAUCCAGGAAUUUAAAGAUAAGGUUGACUUCUGUGUGAGUGCAAACAUACCUGUUCCACAUAAGAAUAUUAAAAUAAUUCCUGAGGUUUCGUAUCCGUUUAUGGUUGGACCUGUUCCUCUUACACUGGAGUUUGGUGCAUCCGGGGCCAUUGGCCUUAAAGUGAAAGUUGGUCUUUGCAUAAUGAGUAUGAAGACUCAGCUGCAACUAACACCUUGGGUCGCCGCUAAGGUAUGGGGUAAAAUUAUGGUUAAUAUCGGAUUCGCUAAAGGUGGUCUUGAGCUUGUUGGAUAUCUAAUGAAGACAAAGUUUCCGUUACAAUCCGAACUGGGAUUUUCGAAAUUCCCGCUGGAAAUAGGAGCAAAAAUGGAUCUUGAGUUAACUCCAUUGGAAUUAAAACUAAAAGCAAAGGCGGAGGUUUUUCUCAUAUUAAAAUGGGCAACUGUUUUCGAGGCCAACAUAUGGCGUUAUAAAACUCCAAGCAUUUCGUUUAACAUUUUCGACAAACGUAAGCAAGAAGAAGAUAAGUCUAAACCUGAGCUGAUGCCAAGCACCAUAAAUAAGCGUGAACGACGAGAAGGGGUACGAGGUUGCAUCGUGGAACAAAUUCCUGGAAGGCCUUAUUAUGACACAGCCUUUCGCCUUGAACUGUAUGCGCAAGAUGAAAAGAGUAUGGUAAAGCUUUUUUAUACUGUGGGCACACAUGCUGGUGGAACAAACGUUGUUGACUGGACAGGAAUGGGCGGAUCUUCACUGCUGGUACCUACGAAGUUACCAGGCGGAGUGCCACUCUAUUGGACAGUCAAAGCAAGAAACAGCCAAGGUCUUGAAGCUGUUUCACAGUGCUUUCUUGAUACUUUUGACAACACUUUACCAGACGGACGUGUUGAACAUGCAUACACAUUUUCUAGUCACCCAAAUAAACUUGUUGCUUCGGUUAUUGCAUUCGAAGAUAGUCUACUUGUUGAAACACACUACAAGGCUGUAGGCUAUAGCCCCGGGCAGUUUGGAUCUCAGUUUGUUGACUGGCAGGAACUUUACCUGGAUCAUUCUUCCGUUAGACCUGACGUUUCUGGACCUCUUAAGCAUUUUACAGUACCGUGUGAUGGUAAACUAGUCGCCUGGAUUUUGUAUUCUGAGAAAACUAGUUCAUCUGAUAUAUGUGCACAAAAAUGCAUAGAUUAUGGCACUAACUGUGUUUCAUUUGAUUAUGAGCACCACUCAGAAACAUGCGACCUACAUGACGUCGUCGAAGGAGCAAAUGCAUAUCUCCGUAUAAGUGGCACAUAUAGUCAUUUCGAACGCCUUGGCAGCGGAUUUCACACAUCAAUUGAAUAUCAGGGACUGCCACUGAAGCAUGGGACAGUAUAUUUCGUCAAUACAAAAGUAACGAACAUUCUUGGUUAUACGGCAUAUUUGACUGGCGAAGGCACAAUGAUUGAUUUCACACCACCCGAACCGGGUCAUAUAAAUAUGCCACUUAAUGACCUAUUACAAGCAGAUAACUGUACGGCAGCAAUAACUCAACGGUGCGUAGAUGUUACCUGGAAAGAAAAUCAUAGGCUGAUAACAGAUGGACCAGGGUCUAGAACAGUUUUUAAUGGUCAUGAACCUUUAUAUGAUGAGUUGUAUACCUUGACAAACCAUUACAUUUCAGCGAAUUGGGACGGGUUUCAUGAUGACGAAAGUGGAAUAUGGGGCUAUACCUGGUCGGUCGGUAGACAUGUCUGUGGUACAGAUGUAGUUCCGUUCGAAAACCCAUAUGCACAUCUCACCGAUAAGAAGUUUUGGACAGAUUCUGCUUUCCAUAAGGGCAUUCAUUUACCUGAUGGCGCGUAUUACGUAACAGUACAAGCUCUUAAUGGUGCUGAACUCGGGGGAUCUCUGGUGACGACGGUUUGUCAUUCUUCACCAUUCAUUGUUGACACCACCCCGCCCGUAUUUAAUGGCGUCGCAGAUAUCAUAUAUGACGAAGACUUUGAUCUGAUAGCUGUCUACUACAAUGCGACUGAUUCACUUUCAAAAAUUGCCGGUGCGGAGUUUGGUUUAGGGAAAACAAAGUAUGAUGUACAACUUAAAUCAUAUAGUCAACAUGCUGCUAUGGAAAGAGAUGAUCCGUUUGUUUCUGUGGAAGAGCUUGGUUUAAAGGAAGGAAUUCCUGCCUGGCUACGUGUACGGGUUACCAAUAACGUUGGUCUCUUUACUGCCGGACAUGGAGAUGAACCAAUAUUAAUUGACAAAUCGCCACCAGUGCCGGGUCGAGUUUUAGAUGGAAAAUUCAUGAGGGUGGACAGGGCAUACCAGGCUAAAGACAAUGAAUUGUGUGCACAGUGGGUUGAUUUUUACGAUCAGGAGUCGGGAAUAGAUAGAUUUCUUUGGGGAGCUGGUACAGCGCCUGGAAAGGAUGAUGUCGUCAACUUUCAUAAUCUUACAAGAUAUGACAAGUCCGGAUGUUCAUCAGUCAAAUUGCAACACAACCAUAGCUAUUUCUCCACAGUGUUUGCUUACAACAACGCUUUGAAUUCAAAGGCAGCGAAUGCAACAUCAGACGGAGUGCUUAUUGACACCACGUUUCCGAUCGCGGGUCAUGUUCAGGAUGGGCGUGAUGAUAAAAAUGAUUUGAAGUACAGUUCGGAGACAGUAUCAAAAUCUGCUAAUUGGAAUGGGUUUCUCGAUCCGGAAAGCAGCAUUGAUAAGUAUAGGGUAGAUGUUAGAAUAAAUAACGAAUAUAAAGCUACUUUUGAUGUCGGAAAAGAGACAGAAUUCGAAGACGAAACUAUAUCAAUGGAGCAUAAUGACAGAGUUUAUUUUCAAGUCCAUGGGGUCAAUGGAGCGAGCUUGGAAAGUACAUCUGAAAGUGAUGGAUUCACAGUUGAUUUAACACCGCCAAUUUUAAAAGAACUAUCUGACUCUCAAGACGGAAACUCAUUUCAAAGUAACAACCAGCAGAUGCAUCUAGCUUGGGACUAUAAAGAUGAAGAAUCUGGUAUAAAAGAAUAUCAGACAGUAAUAUUUGAGACGAGGUAUGGCGUGAAGAGGAAAAUAUGGCCUUCUGAUAGAGAGUACAAUAAAUCAGUUCCAUUAUCCAUAUCGUCUACUAGAAUGUCUAUGACACUCGGGCAGCUAACAUUAGUUAAUGGUGCAAAAUAUUCAUUACAUGUUGUAACCCUAAACCAUGCACUUCUCGCGUCGUCACAUGAAUCACGCGGAGUUCUUGUUGAUACAACACCACCAAAUAUUUUAAAGGUUAAGAUAGGAUUACCGAACGAUCAGGAAGAGUACUAUGAUAGCAAUACAGUAUAUCACGACGACCAAAAUGCCAUUCGUGUUAGCUGGUUAGCCAGAGAUUCGGAAAGCGGGAUAAACAAGGUUUUCGUAGCCGUCGGCACAGAAGACGAUCUGGAAUCUGUACAAUCAUAUAUUGACUUUAGACAAGAAAACACUGGUUUUAUACAACAUAUACACUUGAAUAGCUAUCUCGAAAAUAAAACGUUGUAUGUUGUCACAGUGAAAGCAGUAAACAUGGCUGGACUUUCCCAAAACAAAUCCAAACGUAUAUACGUACAGAAGGCAAGCGUUCCUGGAAUUGUUUUCGAUGGUAGAAAUUUGUACGAAGAUGAAAUGUACACAACUGACUACACAUCAAUCGCAGCAUCCUUCUAUGGCUUUGAAAGUGAAAGUUGUGACAUUACGAGCUAUGAGUGGGCGAUUGGUACCUCAGCUUAUGGGACAGAUAUUCUCUCAUAUACUAAUUACGGUCUUGUGAUGAACAAUAAUACUUAUGGCCAAUGUCAAAUUCAUAUUGAAUUGUUUGAAGACACAACCUACUAUAUUACCGUGAAAGCUGUGACUGGAUGCAGGGACCAGUUUAUUCUUUCAUCAUCCGAUGGUAUUACUUUAGACAGAAAUCCCCCUGAAAUAUUAUACACGAAAGAUCAAUUGAAUAAUGAUACCUUAGUGGUACUAGAGCAAGAAGUGCUUUAUCAGGAUACUGUUGACACGCUACCAAUAAUAUCAAAUGCAUCUGACAGCAAUCAGCUUUCGUCGGUGAAAUGGGCACUUGGGUCAUUACCGUUGUUCUAUGAUCAACAUGCAUUUACAGAUGAUUUUACGUCUUUAACUAGCGCUAUUGCUCUGCUUCCUGGACACACAACAUACAUUACAACAAACGCAUCUGACAAGGCUGGCAAUGUCAAUAUAUCUUCCUCAUUUCCAGUAAUACCGGAUAAGACCGCACCAUCGUUAAUUGAUUUAGUAUGUUCCGAAUAUCUUUCUGUUCGCCAGAGUAUGUUGCGCUGUACAUGGAAAUCUGUUAAUGAGAUAGAAAGUCGAAUAGAUAAAAUACACGUUUCCCUCAGUUCAAAUGGUACAUCAUAUGAUAUUCUUGAAAAUUAUGUUAUACCGAAAGGGUUCAGUCAAUUUAAUCGUGACUUGUUUAACUAUUUAAAUAACACAGUACCGACAAAGUCAUCCGUUCUUGUAAGUAUAGUUGUUACUAACGUUGUUGGGUAUCAAAAGACGUAUGGCAGGCAAAUAAUUGUCGAUAGAACCGUUCCAGCUACAGAAGGACUUGAUGUUGUGACAAGAAUAGGGACAAGAAACAUCACAGAUCAUCAAAAAUGUCAAAUACCAAGGGCUUAUCUCGAACUCAGGAUGCAUGGAGUAAGCGAUCUGGAAUCAGAUAUUGAUUUUGAAAGGUUGGAAGCCAGUGUAGGGCAUCGACCAUACGGUACUGAUAUUCUGCACUAUACUGCAGUGAGACCAGACAACCAAGGAAUUCUUUUUCUGGAUGGAUUCAGUUUAUACGAAGGAGAAGUUUUCUAUGCCACUUUAAGGGUCUACAACAAAGCAGGUCUGAAGACGGAAGUGACAUCAGAUAUCGUUGUAGUAAGCCAAUCUCCAAUAUUAGAAGUUACUGACGGCGGCCUGGAAAGCGAUAUAGAUUAUCAAUCAGUCCCAAACAUUAUACAAGGUUACUGGAAGUAUUCAGAUUUAUGUCCUAUAAAGGAAGCAGCUUGGUCCGUCCAUGAUUUCUCAGGAAAAGUUAUCUUUGAUUUCCAACCAAUACCAUCCGCAGGUCAAAAACUUUACAACGACGAAGUUUCUUUAGAAAACGGAAUGAAAUAUGUCAUAAUAGUAAAGACAUUAGAUUUUCUUGAUCGUGUUAGGAUAGCAAGGUCAGAUGGGGUCACAGUACGAAUCCAACCGCCUUUAAGCGGGAAUGUCAGAGAUGGGCUCCAUGGAAAUUUGAACUACCAGUUUAGUUUUACAGAAUUAUCAGCAAAUUGGGACAGUUUUGGCGACGAUUCAAAUGAUCCAACGCAGUCUAUAGAUCAUUACGAAGUAGCUAUAGGGAAUGACAGGCGAUAUUCCAAAACAAGAUCCAAUAUACAUUUCUUCGUAAAUGUUGGUCUAAAUAAAUCAUACACUUUCUAUAAUUUAAAUUUGACCGCAAAAUUAGUGAAGUAUUAUAUAACUGUCCGUUCCUACAGCAUUGCCGGGGGAUACACAGAGGGCUAUUCAAACGGCAUACGUGUCGGUUUUAAUGAUGAGAUAAUUCCUGGUACAGUGGCUGUGAAAAGUUUCCAAUCGUCAGUCAAUUUCGUAGAGGCCUCGUGGACAGGUUUUGAUUCGGAUAUUGACAUCAUCAAGUAUGAAAUUGGCAUCAGUAACCAUGGUGACUUCUUAUCUAAUGAUACUUUAAGGUGUGAAUUAUUUUACAUAAAUUCAUCUACUUUUGACGUGAAAAAUUUGCAAGGUAUUGGUUUAAAUGAGUAUGUUAAGGUAGGCAAUCUUAAUCUCGUUCACGGUCAAACGGUGUAUGUGCAUGUACUUGCAAAGAAUGAAGCGGGGAUGUGUACGGCGGUUACCAGUAGCGGAAUUCUUGUAGAUACGACACCAGCAACUAAAGGAACCAUUGUCAUAAAUGGAAUUCAGAGUGACACUGUCCUUUAUGCAAAUUCUGAUUCCGAAAUGCAUAUUAAAUGGUUCGAUGUUGAAGACUUAGAGUCCGGAAUACUCCAAAUAAAGGUCGUGUUAUACGAAUGUCUCUCCUGUAACACAACAGAUAUUAAUAACGCUGGCUGUUUCGUUGUAGCUGACCAUGUUGUUCAAAAUGACAACAUAACUUCAUUUUAUGAUUUACAACUUGACACACAAAAUAUAUAUGUUGUCGCUCUUGAAAUUAUGAAUGGGGCACAGUUAGUUACUAAUGUGAAAAGUGUAAAUAUUCUUGUCGAUACAAGUAGUCCGUUGUCCGGACUUGUAAAGAUUACAAAGGACUGGUAUUCUAUGAAAUCAUUCCAGUCUUCAAAGACCACAUUAAAGGGACUGUUAGCCAUUGCCAGCAGCUCUGAUGAAUAUACGUGCCCAACACAAACCAGGUUCUUUCCUUCAAAUUCUUUCAUCGAUUGGACGUCUUUUUCAAAAAAUUUCAGUACCGACUUUCUUACUAUAAAUCGCACAGGAGCAUUCUUGGGUAUAGGAUAUAAUGCGGAUUUGUCGGAAGUUAUAAAAUCAAGUAUCGUAUCCACUCCUAUGCAGGUGCAGAGAGGAAAUUACACCUUCGCAUCUAGAGCUGCUAAAGGAGACAAUAUUAUUACGACAUUUGCGUUCAUGACUAAUUACGUAGCGAUGCCAUUUAAAAUAAAAAAUAAACCAGUAGAAAAUGAAUUUGAUGAUAGCAUAUUUGAAAAUAUUACUGGUUUUAAAGAAUCAAAUAAUAGUGAACCUGAUGCGCUAAAAAACUCAACAUUGCAGUCCGAUUAUGACAUUUCUGUUCUUGCAAAUGGAUCAGUUGUGAGCACUGGAGAUCAGUGGCAGUAUAUUGAAGAAAACGAAUAUGGCUUUGGAAUAAAUCUAUUAGGAUAUAAAAUAACCAAUAAUCGCCAUUGGUAUCAUGUGUUCUGGGCAAGAAAUAAAUUUACCAGUAUUCAAAGGUGGUUUCAACUCCCAUUUGACCCUACAGUACAAAUUCAUAAAUACAGUAUACUAGUUGACAAAAGAGCUGAAUUUGACGACAGUAUACUGGAUCUUGCACUUAUAAUUGAUGAUGAAGAAAUUGCCAAUAUUGCUGGUUUCCAGUUUAAUGACAAUAUGAGAAUAGCCGCUUUGAACUGGAACGAAGAUGGAUACAAACCACCUGUAAACGAUAUAUAUCAUCCAUUUUACGCAGAAGCCGUUGUCAAAUAUAUUGAUAUACCAGAUACACGUGACAAACCUUGUCGCCAUGGACGGGGAUUUUAUGAUGAAGAAAGUGGUAUAAAAGAUAUUUGGCUCGGUGUUUCCGACAGCAAAAAUAUACAAGGAAAUAUAGUCCCAGUUUCAAUGUACAAAUCAUUUUGUUAUCCAUGCAGAAAACCCUGUGAACAUCUAUGUAAUCAGCCGUGUAAUAAAACACGACUUUCGGGUGGUUUUGAUUUGAUUCCACUCACAAAAUCUGCACUAAAUUUGAAGGCAGCCCGUAUAAACAACAUUUGUCUGAAUGAGGCUAGUGAGACAACGUGUAACAGCUCUGCAUAUUACCUAAAUGUGAAAAUUGUUGACUUCGCCGGUCAGGAAACUGUAGCAUAUUCUAAUGCAGUUCAAGUUGAUAGCACUGCCCCAGAGUGUGAUUAUGUAAAAUGUUUGGAUCCUGAUUAUAGCAAAGAUGAACCGACAGAACAUUUGGGUUCAAGUUCUUCUAUCGGUGCAUACUGGAAUUGCUCUGAAGAUGUAAGCCGAAUUGAGAGUUACAAAGUUCGCGUCUUUUUAACUAAAACUGGUGAAAUUGUUAUGAAAAGUAAAGAUGCAGGUAGAAAGUCGAAACAAUGGUUCAACUUAGCAAAUGGAACAUUUGAAGACAACAAGGACUAUACGGUUGAAGUAACUGCAAUUAAUAGUGCUGGUCUAACUGUAAAUGAAACAUGUUCGGUUCAUGUUAACUUGCAUCCUCCGGAUGUAUCCGGAUCAUCCACAAAACCACUUUAUACCGAAGCAGUGUCAGAUGAAAGCGAUGAAGGUAAUAUAUACUGGACUUCCUCUCAAACUAGUAUGGGAAUACAGUGGCAUGGCGGAUCUGCUGAUACAGAGUUUUACGAAUGGUCAGUUGGAACUUCGAUCGGAAAGACAGAUGUUCUUCCGCCGUCAAUGAGCGGUGUCAAUUCAACCGGAUCAUCAGCUAUAGUUAAUGGAAAACUUGUGUUCAACAGCAAGCUUGUCAACAGAACUGUAAUAGAGUAUAAAGAUAAAACAAAUAUGAGUAUUGAAGAAAUUCAGAAUCUGACAAAUCUUAACGAGAAAGAGAAGACGUUUUUCCAAUUGGAGCCUGGCAGAUGCUUUCACCAAUCACUCUAUGCUAUUGGUUACUCUCAUUUGAAGAGCAAGAUGCAGCAAAGGACAGUUUGUAUUAAAAGAAAGCACGAUAUUUUCUUAAAUGAAACUACCCGAAGAGUAAUUGCUUCGAAAAGUAAAUACACCAAUAGCUGGUCGAAAAAAAUGUUGAAAUCAUCAGACAUAGUCGUCGACGCAUUGCUGGAAGCUGGUGGUAUAUCUUUGGGUACUUUAACUGACGAUGACAAAAGUAGCAUAUAUGGAAGUGCUGCUUCUGCAGAUUAUAGACCGUUCAUAUCCAAUCCUGACACUACACUUGAUAGGACUUCCAGAGCGUUGCGAAAUAGAAUUCAGAGAUCUUGCAACUUGUCAUUUUAUCUUGCGCCAUCGCCGAAAGUUACAUACACGCAAAUAAAUAUUACAGUAAAGCCGACUACUCCAUGCAACAAAGAUGACGAGUUUCAGCCGGCACUGGUUUAUUGGGAUAAUGACCACGAGAACUGGAAACAUAUUGACGAAGGUUGUCGUGAAUACCUUACUGCAGUAAUGAUGAAUGGCACAUAUGUUUCGCAGGUUUGCGGAGAUGCCAGUGAUAGUAAUGUGACAAAACGAGAUGUUUCAUCCUCACUGGAUAGACCAAGGGCAUUUGAAGUUGUUAGAAUCAGUCGAUCUUUCCAUAAUUCAAGGCCAAGUAUCGUUACCAGCUCUGUAACUUUGAUAGAAGACGCUUUUGUCAAAGUCAACCUCGAUGCAACAGACCAGGAAAAUGAUACGUUACUAUAUGAAAUUCUACAGCAGCCUGAAAAUUUAAAUUGCAGCGUAAGCGAGUCCGGAACUCUAAAUUGCUCAUUUGAUGAAAAUUACUAUGGUACAAGCAGUAUGAAAAUAAGAGUCACUGAAAGUGAUCCGAAUUUUCCUACUUAUGAAGAACGUUUGUUCAAUGAGAAAACUAUCAGAAUAACUGUCCUUGGUAUGCCAGACAAAACCGACAGAUUCUACAUUGAUGAUAAUGGCAGCUUCCAUGCGGACAAACGUCCUUCCAUGAAACACAUAAUAAAAGUUGAAGCAAACAGAUCAUCAACAGUAUCUGGUGGGAAGAUUUUAUUAGCAGAUGUUGAUGGCGGAGAAAUAUUCACAGAAUUUCCUAGAAUGAGAAGUCUCGCAAAUUCAACCUACAAACUAAAGCACGUGGAUGCUGCAGAAAUACCAAUUGAAAAUUACACCACGGUGACAUACAGAACAUUAAAGGCGUAUGACAUAGAGUUUGAGUUUACACCAAAAGUCCAUGGCAACAUGACUUUUGAUUUUAUAGCCCAAAAUGAUGAUAAAUCGUACACACCAGCAUUGACAAUCGACGUGUUUGUUUUAGCAAACCCGUGUGUCUAUGGUCACUGCAGUCAUGUUAUCCUUGGAGAAACUGGAUGUGACGACAUUGCUCGUGCAAAAUCGUUUUCCGGCUUUGUCUGUGCAUGUGAUCUAGGCUACAAAGGACAAUGGUGCCAAACUGAAAUAAAUGAAUGUGCAGGGGAACCGUGCGCAUUGAUGUUCGACUGUGAGGACAUGAUUAACAAUUACAAAUGUAAUAUAAAUAUUCCAAAACUAAUGGCCAUUCUGAUAUGCUCUAUAAUUGCUGUAGGCGGUGCAGUAUUUCUUGGGGUAAAACUCGUCAACAGAUACAGAGUAAACAAAGUAGGCCAAAGCAAUGUAUCACUUAUGGAAGAGAAAAUAAAAAAGACGUACAUGGCAGAUAGCGACCCUCAUGAACGGCCAUUAUCCAGUGGAUCUAUACUACUUGAACCUGCAUCAGGAAGUGCCCCACCUCCCUCUACUUUAGCGGAAACAACAAACAUGUGGAGCAAUCCAAAUUGGUUUAGACCAGAAAGCGUUAGACUUGAUUCUUCUCUCUCUACGCUAACUAGAAAUGCAUCGCAACUGCUUCCGCCACAUCACCGAAGCUUCAAGUCUAUGAAUAGCAUCUCUGCGAAAACGAAUGCACAAACUGCCGUCCACGACAAACCAGUAGACUCUGAAAUAACGGCAGAACCAAACAGAAUGACAGCCCCUCCUUCGUCGUUUGAUAAGCUUGUCCUGGCAUUGCACAAAGAAGGCUCCAGCAAAAUUACAGAUAUCGAUGUUUAAUGCAUUGGCAUGUAUAAACAAAGAUUGCUACAUCAAGUAGUUGUUGUUUUGUAAAAACUUUGAUGCAUUAUUUUAUCCAGAACUGUGUAUAUUUAAGAAAUCUGCGUUGUAGACAUUAGUUCUAUAAUACCUUAUAUUCUAGAAAGUUAAUACCGAAGUUGAUAAAUAGAUAUGUUUUGCAUGCGUGGUGCUAAAAUACUGUGAAAUCAUUAAUAUUCGUGGGGGACUAAUUUUCGUGGAUUUCGUGGUUGAGUCAAUCCACGAAAUUUAAUCCCAACGAACAAGUAAACUUCCCAUUCGUGUUAUGUUCAAAAGUUGAAAUCCACGAAUUUAUAUCCCCAUGAAACUGCCGUUUUGACCAAAACCACGAAAUUUCGUGCCCACGAAAUUAAAUGAUUUUACAGUACAUGAUCAUCUGAAACGUAUGAUACAGUAGUAGGUAUUUUUGAAUACAUCACAUUUUCUUAUAGACAUUUGAUAAAGUCGAACGUAUCAUAUGAUAAAUAAUGCUUAAGGAAAGGCUAACUGGUCCUAAGAUAAUGAUGACCUCAGAAAAUAUUUGGUUACGUACUCGGUCUGCUAACCUUGUAGAAAUCUUAUGUCAGUAAAUUUGUAUAAUAAAGUCGACGUGUAUUCACAUAUUAAUCAGAAUAAAGACGAGACGCCAUGUUUAACACACCUUUUAUAAUUGUACCAUAUUUUUAAUGAUUGCCUAACAUUGAGAAGCAUUUUGUUGUGUCUGGGAUUUAAUAUUCGCUUCCUUUGUGUCUCCCUUGAGCUGUAUAAACGUUCAUAACGUGUGUGCAACAAAAAAGUUAAUAAGCGCCAUAUUUUAUAAAUAUUAUGGCAUCUUAAUUUUUCAAUCUCUGAUAAUCAAUGUUUAUUUGUACUGUUUUGUACUUUUAUUAGACAGGCUAAGGGCAGAUUAGAUGUCGACGUUCUGUAUGUAUUAUCUUUUGGCAUAUGCCAUAUCAGUGCACCAGCUUGCACUGAUAUGCCCUAGCUGACGUUUCAUAUAUUUGCAUUUAAGGUAGCUAAACGGCAAAUGUAAAAUUUUCUUGCGCGGAGCGGAAGAUAUAUUCUGUACAAUAUUCAAUGUGGUAGGUCGCUGAAUGAAAUUAUUAAAAGAAUAGACACGUUACUCUGGAUCGGUUCCUGUAUAAUUUCAUUAUUGUUUUGCUAUCAUUCACGUGUGAUUUCAUCGUAUUAAAGUUUGGAAAUAACGUGUUUAAUCAAUCAUGACAAAUGACAAUAUUCAACAUCUAAUUUAUGUCAUCCAUAUAUUUACAUCAUUACAUAGUUGCACUGUUUUUCUUGUGUUUGGAUACAUUUACUUUCUACUUCUGCCUCUGUGUAAUGGUCAAAAUGCUCCAGUGCGGAUGAAAACAUGUUUUGUUGUUGGUAAUUGUCUUCGUUAUCUUGCUGGCUUUGAGUGUAAAUGAAUUUGCUUAUGCCGACUAUCCAGUAUGUCACAGAAGCGUUUCAGACCAUAUUUAUAGGUUAUUAGCUUUGUAUCGUGAAAUAUGCAGGAGUUCUGCAGCGGUAAUAUUGCGCGACUUCAGGAGCGCAAUAUUCUACCGCUAAAGAACGAGUGCAAAUUUCAUGAUGCUAAGAUAAUAACAUUUUUAUUACAUACGCAUCUACACGUAUAAAUGUAAUGUAAAUUUUAUAAUUUUGUUCAACAAGUGGAAUAAGACUAAAUAAAGAAUUAAUACAA